CUAGUCUCUGUCAGGUUUCCGAUAAUUGUGCACAAAUUGUUUUGUAAUUUUGUUUGAUAAAUGCCGAUUUUGUUAGAGCACAAGGAUUUUAUUAUUCAACUUAUAGCUUUUUGAAUAAAAACGCCCCUUGAUAAUGUCUGCAUUACAAAAAACCAUAAUGAAGAAUAAGUUACCUCCAAGAUGCCCACGAAGUAACAAACAGAAGCUGGCGCCUUUUGGAAUGUCUAGUCGUUGUAAGAAUUAUCAGCCUGAGUCGUGGAGGAAGUUCUUUAAAAAAUGUGAAGAUGUGAAAACUGAAGGUGGGACAUUCCGUGUUUACUUCUCAGAAGAACCUGACGAACCUAACCGUCCCAGAAUUGUAACACUGCAUGGUGGUGGAUAUUCAGGAUUGAGUUGGGCUCUCUUCACUGAAGAAAUCACAAAUAUGAUACAUUGUCAAGUUGUAUCAAUGGAUAUCAGGGGUCACGGUGAGACGCAAGCUAAAGAACCAGAUGAUCUCAGUGCUGAAACUCUUGUCAAUGAUGUAGAACAAGUACUUCACAAGUUGUAUGGUGAUGAAAUGCCACCUCUUAUUCUCAUGGGUCACUCCAUGGGAGGUGCUAUUGCAGUUAGAGCCGCGCACCUCCCCUCUCUUCAAGGUUAUGUUCAAGGGCUUGUUGUUAUUGAUGUAGUGGAAGGUACUGCAAUGGAAGCAUUGGCGAGUAUGCAAAGUUUUCUAAGGGGUCGACCAACCCAUUUCAAAAGCAUUCGACAUGCCAUUGAGUGGUGUGUGAGGAGUGGACAAGUGAGAAAUGUUGCAUCUGCAAGAGUGUCAAUGCCCAGUCAAAUAGUCAACUGUGAAACGGGUGCGCUUGCAACUCGUGAGGUAGAAGAAGGGAUCACUGAUGACAGCUUAGAUUCAGAAUCAAUGCCUCUAACGAGGGCUGACUCUAUUGCCGAAGAAGAGGAACCGUUAGAUGGAGACCAACCAGUCACAGAGAUAGCCACACCAACUUCCCCAGACGACGUACAUUUCGCAAAACCUAAUGGAGAAUUGAAUCGUUACAAGUGGCGCAUAGAGUUAGCCCGCACGGAACAACACUGGGGCGGGUGGUUCCGCGGGCUUUCGGGCAGCUUCCUGUCCGCGCCUGCGCCGCGCCUGCUGCUGCUCGCCUCCGUGGACGGGCUCGACCGCGACCUCACCGUCGGACAGAUGCAGGGUAAAUUCCAAAUGCAAGUGUUAACGCGAUGCGGCCACGCGGUACACGAAGACACACCAGAGGAAGUGGCCCGAGUGGUGGCUGCCUUCGCUUUGCGACAUCGUCUCACAGUGGCGACUGAAGCGGGACAAAAUAUGAACUUAGUGUCCGCCCCCGGGUGUUAAACCAACGAAAUUAUCGAUAAAAAUUGAGAGAGAUAUUUAUUUAUGUAGAGGCGGGGUAUCGAAUAUGGCAUGUACAUGUUCCCAAUGUGAAUCAAUCUGUUAAACAUAAUGUUUCUUAAUGUGUUAAUGUUAAGAAUUCUUAUCAACAUACCGUUUGUUAAAGUGUUAAUGUUGAAAAUUCUCUUAGAAUUAAUAAACCUAGCUCCACAAGUUACGAUGUAAGUUAAUAGGAUAACAUAUUUGGCUCAUUUUGUUUUCUAUGAUGUAAUAAGUUUUUCUCUCUCUCUGUCUUUCUUCAUUGAUUAAGAUAUUUUUGUAAUAAAUAUAAAUAAAUUUAAAAGAUGUCAAUUGAUAGAAGAGGGAUGACAAUCCUGCCUCCUUGGCAUGAGCACUGCAAUAUGAGAAUACCUCGUUUUUAUCAAGCUCAAUAGGGAUGAUGACUAACUUUUUUUUUUCGUAUAAAUAAAAAUAAAGGUAUUGUAGUACAGGAAGGGUUACCAUUUAGGAAUUUCAAGUCCAGACAAAAAUCCUGACAUUUCGAAAAAGUCCGGAUAUUUUAAUCACAAAAUAGUAGGUACCAUUACUGACUUAGUGACAAUGGUAUGGUAUUUAAAUCAAUAUGUACUUUUAUUAUUUAUAUGCAAUGUAAUUUGAAAAAUCCGGACAAUGUCCGGUCCGCUCUGCGGGCGGCCCGCGGCAGGUGUGGGAAAAACGCGCUCCGCGAGUUCUUAGCCUUUUGCUGCCUGUCCACCGGAACGGAGAAACAGAGAAAUAUUAACCAAUAGGAUUGCAAAAAAUCUCUCCACUGAAGAAGAGCGGACAAUUUUGCAAAUCUGCCUACUAAAGAGACGAGGGGAGAUUUUGAUAUGAUUAAUAUCUUCGUUUCUGCGCUCCGCUCCAGUGGAGUGGAGAGUGGUGGCAAUGGAGCAAUAUAAUAGGUAAGGAAGUCAAUUGCUCGCACUUUGGUCGCUUUGUGGCUAGCUAUAUUUGAUCUCUAGCAGGGGGGGGGGGGCAGUUGCCCCCUCCUGCACCCCCUUAGUGACGCCCUUGUGGACAGGUAUCC